CAUGUCAUGACGACUUCGCUGCUCCUGCAUCCGCGCUGGCCGGAGAGCCUUAUGUACGUCUAUGAGGACAGCGCGGCGGAGAGCGGCAGCGGAGGAGGCGGCGGGGGAGGCGGCGGCGCGGGCGGCGCGGGGGGCGGCUGCAGCGGAGCGAGCCCCGGCAAAGCCCCCAGCAUGGACGGGCUGGGCAGCAGCUGCCCGGCCAGCCACUGCCGCGACCUGCUUCCGCACCCCGUGCUGGGCCGCCCGCCGGCUCCCCUGGGCGCCCCACAGGGCGCCGUCUACACGGACAUCCCGGCCCCAGAGGCUGCGCGCCAGUGCGCCCCGCCGCCGGCGCCCCCCACCUCGUCCAGCGCCACCCUGGGCUACGGCUACCCGUUCGGUGGCAGCUACUACGGCUGCCGCCUGUCGCACAACGUGAACCUGCAGCAAAAGCCUUGCGCCUACCACCCGGGUGAUAAAUACCCGGAGCCAUCGGGCGCCCUGCCGGGUGACGACCUGUCCUCCAGGGCCAAGGAGUUCGCCUUCUACCCCAGCUUCGCCAGCUCCUACCAGGCGAUGCCCGGCUACCUGGACGUGUCGGUGGUGCCUGGGAUCAGCGGGCACCCAGAGCCGCGUCACGACGCGCUCAUCCCCGUCGAAGGCUACCAGCAUUGGGCUCUCUCCAACGGCUGGGACAGUCAGGUGUAUUGCUCCAAGGAGCAGUCGCAGUCCGCCCACCUCUGGAAGUCUCCCUUUCCAGACGUGGUUCCCCUACAGCCCGAGGUGAGCAGCUAUCGGCGAGGGCGCAAGAAACGCGUGCCCUACACCAAGGUGCAGCUGAAGGAGCUAGAGAAGGAGUACGCGGCCAGCAAGUUCAUCACCAAAGAGAAGCGCCGGCGCAUCUCUGCCACCACGAACCUCUCGGAGCGCCAGGUCACCAUCUGGUUUCAGAACCGGCGGGUCAAAGAGAAGAAGGUGGUUAGCAAAUCGAAAGCGCCUCAUCUCCACUCCACCUGACCGCCCAUCUGGCCACCCGCCCCAUCUAUUUAUGUCGCCGCUUUGUACCAUAACCGAACCCACCGAUGGACGCUUCGCCGGUGCGGACGAAUAUUUAAUGUUAACGAGAAAGAGUAACCGCGUCGCGGGAGGCAGAGAGGAUCUGAGGGCGAGCUCCGCAGCCCCCUGCUCCCCACCCCAUCCUCAACCCCCACCCCCAUGCAGAUGGGACC